AUGGGUGCCGUACUUGUAUGGCGGAUGCACCUUAUCGAUUUUAAGUAUGACCACAUUGGAUUCAACCAGGAAAUUAAAAAAAAGAGAGAACGAUGGUCCACAGAGCAUGGCAUUAUGCUAAAAUCGGGACCCUUAGAUACGUUGAUAUCGUCACAAACAAACACCCCAAGACACAUACCAUUCUAUGGCUGGAAAGACGAUAAAGCUUCUGGACCUAACCAUGAAUUUAUUCAGCAAUGGCGGACAAGAACAAUGGCUAUAUUAUUGGAAGCGCAUAGAAAAACCCACAAGAUGGUCAGCGUUACCACUCAUCUACAUAGUUUCACGUUCAGCAAUGUGUUAAACAUUGCAAUGCUGCUUGACUAUAAUGCUUUACAAUCGACUCUGAAUGAAGAACGAGAUAUCUUGGUGAAGUAUCCCUAUACUGACUCCAAACUUAUGAAGCUAACUCCAUGGAUGCUGGAUGUAGUCGAUACGCCACAAUUUCAAAGACUGCGCAACGUCAAACAGCUUGGAUCCGUAAAAUAUGUCUUUCCAAACGCUAAACACACACGAUUUGACCAUUGUUUAGGUGUAGGAGUAUUAGCAAAUUCAUUGAUUUCAAGAUUCCAACGUGACCAAAAAGAACUCAAGAUUACCGAUAGGGAGGUCAAGUGCGUCACUAUUGCUGGAUUAUGUCAUGACUUGGGUCAUGGUCCGUUCAGUCACGUGUUUGAUAACAUAGUCGUACCGAGACUAAAACUAGGUGGAGAAAAAUGGAGUCAUGAGAAGGCAUCCGAGAUGAUGGUAAACCAUUUGGCUAACGAUCUUGAGUUUUUGGACGAUGAUGAUAUUAAAGUCAUCAACCAGCUGAUUAUUGGAACUCCCCCCUCCAAAGAUCGCACAUUCUUAUUCGAUAUAGUAGCCAAUGAGCGUAAUUCAGUCGACGUUGACAAAUUCGACUACCUCCAACGCGAUUCACAUUACACCGGGUUUAAACAAGUUUACGAUAUCGAUCGCUUGAUGCUGUCUUCAAAAGUUGUGAAUUAUCAGAUAGCCUAUCCAUGCAAAGAACGGCAAAACUUGUACGAUAUGUUUCAUGCAAGGUACAAUCUGUUUAAGAGGGUUUACACGCAUACGGUUGUAGAGGCGGUCGAUGAAAUGAUAGCGGAUGCGUUAAUAGCUGCCAAAGAUCACUUUUCAUUAGCUCAGGCUAUCGAUGAUCCCGAGCUGUACAUUAAGUUGGAUGACAAUAUCCUUCGACAAAUCGAGCACUCUUCAGAAGCGAAACUAGAAAAAUCAAGAGAAAUAUUGAAAAGAUUGCGAAAGAAACAAUUUUACAAAUUCGUUGGAGAAUGUCCUAUUCCUGCUGACUGCCUUGCGUUUGAUGAAAGCCCUAUGAAUUACGUCAGUAAAAUUUCCAGCUGCGGCGAAGGCCUUUCCGAAGAGGACGUUAUUGUGAAGAUUGGCGUUAUAAAACUUGCACUGCACGAGGAAACCGCAUUAGACCAUAUUGAUAUCAAGUUUUACGAUGACGUGGUAUCAAGGACUAGUACUAAAUAUAAAGUGCCCGAAGAGAAGUACCUUCGCGUGUUUGUCCGAAAUGCUGAAAAGGCGCAAUCUGUAAAAGCAGCUUUCGAAAAGUAUUGUGCGGAAGAAGCCGACUCCUUCAAGCCGUCCGGGAACAGCACUCCUAGUUAUAUAAAUGGAUAUUCUCCCAUUUCCGCCUCUUAG